AUGUAUCAUCAUCAUCAACACCAAGGAAAGAGCAUCCACUCCUCUGCGAGAAUGCCAAUCCCCCCCGAUAGGCAUUUAUUCCUGCAAGGUGGGAAUGGUCCUGGAGAUUCUGGACUUGUCCUCUCAACUGAUGCAAAGCCUCGACUAAAAUGGACACCAGAUCUCCACGAACGGUUCAUAGAAGCAGUCAAUCAGCUUGGAGGAGCGGACAAAGCUACUCCAAAAGCAGUUAUGAAACUUAUGGGGAUUCCAGGACUUACCUUGUAUCAUCUAAAGAGUCAUCUACAGAAGUACAGGCUCAGCAAGAAUCUUCAUGGACAAGCUAUUUGCAGGAGCAGCAAAAUUGGUGCUAAUGCUGUGGAAGGUGAUAUAAUGUCUGAAGCAAAUGUUACUCAUAUAAACAAUAUAAGCAUUGGAUCCCAAACAAACAAAAGCUUACACAUCAGUGAAGCACUGCAAAUGCAAAUAGAAGUGCAGAGAAGACUACAAGAGCAACUUGAGGUACAACGACAUUUGCAGCUUCGCAUAGAGGCUCAAGGAAAAUACCUACAAGCUGUGCUAGAGAAAGCACAGGAAACUCUUGGAAGGCAGAAUUUAGGUACUGUGGGACUUGAAGCUGCCAAAGUUCAACUGUCUGAACUAGUGUCCAAAGUAUCCACUCAAUGCCUGAAUUCAGCAUUUUCAGAGCUGAAAGAACUGCAGGGUCUCUGUCCCCAGCAAAUGCAAACAACUCCACCUACAGAUUGUUCAAUGGACAGCUGCCUGACCUCCUGUGAAGGGUCCCAAAAGGAACAAGACAUACACAAUACUGGAAUAAGGGUUAGACCCUAUAAUGGUAAUGCUCUCCUGGAGUCAAAGGAAAUGGCAGAAGAUCACAUGCUGCAUCCAACUGAAUUCAAGUGGGAUGAAAACCUAAAAGAUAACAAAAUGUUCCUUUCCCCAGUGGGAAACACUACAGAAAAGAGAAUUUUUUCUGCAGAAAGAUGCUCCAGUGAUUUAUCCAUGAGAGUUGGACUCCAAGAAGAAAGCGGCAAUACAAGUAGUAGCUUUGCUGAGGGAAGAUAUAAGGGAAGGAAUGAUGAUGACAAUUUUCCUGACCAGACUAACAAGAGGACAGAUUCACUUAAGCUACAGAAUGAGAAUAUUUCACCAGGACAUAGACCGUCUUACUUUGCAACAAAACUAGAUCUCAAUUCCCACGAUGAAAUUGAUGCGGCUUCAAGUUGCAAACACUUGAAUGGUUUUAGCUGGAACUGAGAUGGUUUACUGGAAGAUAAUGGUUAAUUAGACAAUUUCAGAAGAUGAGGCAUCUUAUUCUGAAUUUACAUCAGAGCAGAAGGAAGGCCAACAGGACGACCUUCCGUGUGCUUGUCCAAGCCAAGCCAAGCCACCAGGAAACAAUCAAUUCAAUCUCAAUGAAAUAAGUUGGACCAACAGAAGUAGAGUGCAUUUAGAACCAUAUAGCGUAAAUGGAUUCAAAAUGUGUACUCUGCUAUCUUAUAUAUCAUAAGAGUUAGAGAAUUAACAGCCCUAAAAAAAUUUGCAGCCAGCUACUCAAAUACUUACUGCAUAAUCAAAAAUUUCAAAUUCAAAUUGACCAAGUAA